GCAGCGGCCGCGGCGGGUGAGCGCGGGUAGGGCGUGGGGUCACGGCGGGAGCGCUCCGCGGGGUACGGUACCGGAGCCGCGGGGGGGGGAGGGGCGCCUGGGUGGGGUUUUCCGAGGACGCCGGUAGCGGUGGGGCUCGGGGUCCUUGAGGCGGCCGAGGCCGUCGUGCCCGCCGGGGCCGAAGCUUGGGCUUCGGAGGGCACAACGGCCGCCUCGGCCUUCCCGCGGCCCCUCCUCGUAAAUCGAGCGGGGGGCUCCGUUGCCAUGGCAGCGCUCCCAGGCCCGCCCGGCCACUCGAGCGGGGGCCGCGUUACCGUGGCAACGCGCGCAGGCCCCGGAGGAUGGGAGGGGGGAGGGGGCACCCCUCUCUCCCUUCCCCCUUCCAGCCCCGUUCCACCCCCCCACCCCCCCCCCCCCGCUUCCCUUCGCCUCGUCACCGAGCGGGGCCUCGUCAGCAUCCCGGGGCUGCCAAGGGCGCCAGUGAGUCACGGGAGCCGUGCGGCGACGCCAAACCGGGCCUGGGGAUCGCGGCCCGCGCCCCUCCAGCCCCCGUCCCGGCCAUGAGGCGGCUGCGGGGCAGGGGCUGACUGCACGCUGAGUCUGCUGAGCGUUAGUUCCGGCUUCGCCAUGGCCUCUCAGCCCCAGUCCUUGCACCCCCCAUUGCCCUGUGCCUCUGGGGGGGCAGGACUGGCGGCUGGCAGCCCUGAGAAAGGCAGCCCUCGCCCCAAGCCUCCUGUCCGGCCCAAGCCCCGUGUGCUGCCCAAGCCGGCCGUGCCUGCCAAACCCUGCCUGCCUCACCCCCCACCAGCACCGCGGCACUCUCGUCCUGAGCUGCCCUCAGCAGAGAAGAUAAACCGCCUGGCAGGACCCCAGCCAUACAGUGGGGGCGGCUCUGGGGCGGCCCUCAGACGCCCCUCUUUCACCAUCAAGUCACCUGAGACCCCCAACGGGAAGGGGCUCCCAUCCCCGCCAGUUUUGACUCCCGAAGACUCGUGUUCGACCCCCAGUGAUGAGGUGCCCCUGGCCCCAUCGACACCUUCCCGCAAAGGUCCGGCUCCCUUUAAGGUGACACCAGUGCCUGUGGCAACCAAGCUGGAGCGAUUUCCAGGCACCACCGUGGAGGAGAUUCUGGCCAAAAUGGACAGCAAGGAGGGUCUGGGAAGCCCUGACCGGGCCCGCCUCUCUCCCUUUUGCCCCGAUUCUUCCUCUCGCUUUGGCUCCAAGACCUUCACCGCCUUCCGGAGACGCCCUAGUGGGGAGGCAGAUGGAGACUCCCCUGGUGAAGCCCGCCAGCUGCUCCAGCAGGCUGAGGGAGAGCUGGGGACAGGGGGUGACAGAUGCCUGAUGGUUGAGACGAGCAGCUCCUCCCCAGCCGGCCCGAGCUGUGCCGGGGACCCCUGUGGACUCCGGAGGCCACCAUCUCCCCCUGACCUCUCCUCUCUCCAGCUUGGACCCCCUGGCUCCCCAAGACCCCCUGCUUGCCCACCCCCAGGAGCUCCUUUCCAGCCUUCUGCCUCAGCCCCCGGUUCCCCUGAUGCCCCCCCAGAGCUGCUGGCCCCUGGCUCCCCAACCAUGGCCCCCGAAUCCCCCGAAUCUCCAGCUCAGCGUCCGACUGAGGAGCUCUUGGCCACGUCCAUCCAGGCUCCAGGUGCUCCUUCAUCUGUGGCUGAGCCCUGGCUUGGUGCCUCCCACUCCCCGGGCUCCCCACACACCCCUAGCGAGGGCUCCCCCACUCCUGCUAGCCCCUCUACACCGGGCACAUCCCAGCUAUCCCCUAAAGCCACCUGCCCCCCCGGCUCUCCUGAGUCUGCCACCGAGCCCUCGCCUCCCCCGAGCCCGCCCCCUGAGCUCCCUGCUAGAGCUUCUUGCCCUCCAGGUUCCCCUGGGGGUCCCGAUGACUCCCUUGUGUCCUCUCAGACUCCUGAAGGUCCCGAUUUCAGCCUUCCUCCCUCAAACAGAGACUCAGGGCUGCGGCGCUCAUCAGAGGGAGUGCUGCGGCCCCCUCCCAGUGAAGGGCAGGGCAUGGGGUUGCUGGGGGGCUCACUGGGUGCCCUGCCCCAGCCUGGGGACCUGCCAGCAGAGCACUUGCUGAGUGGCGAGUCCAGCUGGAGCCUUUCCCAGUCCUUCGAGUGGACGUUCCCCACACGUGGGGUGAGGGGGCUGCCAUCCCCACCCAGAUCCCCCAUCCAGGAGGCAGCUGACUCGGGGCUGUCUGAAGAGGAUGAGUCGGACAGGGAGGGUGCAGCCACUGGAUCCCAUGGGGACAGCGGGGACACAGAUGGGCCUGGCCUUGCAGUGACCAGCAGCUGGGGAGCAGAGGGGGCUCCAUGCCCGGGGGGUCCUGUGGCUCAGCAAGAGGCUGAGAGCUCGGAAGAGGAGGAGGAGGAAGGAGAGGCAGAGCUGGACAGCACCGAGCUCCACAUAGUGGAGCCCAGCUUGGACUCAGCUGAGCCUGAGCCCCCCGUCAAGGCUGCCCCACCAGAUCCAGCUCCCACCGAAGCUGACGCCUCCUGCGAGCCAACGGGCGACUUUCCUGCAAGCCUGCAGGGCCUCGGUGGGCCAGGCCAGGAUGAAGGCUCCUCAAAGGGUCCUGAUGCCCACACCGACCCGCGCUGGCUGACCGAGCUGCUGGCAUCACCUAGGGCCCGUGCAUCAGGACGUGACCCUCUGAACACUGAGGAGCAGGAGGGCCUGCUUGGCUGGUCACGGAAGGACCUGUGCAGUGAAUUUGGCAUUGGGAGAUCCCACCAGGCUGGUGCUUUUGACUGGAGCCAUAAGGCUGUGGCCAGACAGGGGGACUGGCCUGGUGAGAUGGAGCAAGAUCAAAAGUUCAGGACCAACUCAAGCAGGAACAACAGCUGUGGCAUCAGUGAUAUGAACCAGCAGGAUAGAGCCUUUGGUGCUGCUGAGAGGGACUGGAGCAGCAAUUACAAAGGGACAGAGCUGAUGGGGGAUACGAGGCUUGGCAGCAGUGACUGGUCCAAAUCUCAUGGUGCCGGGGAAAGCUGCCUGCAGGAUCAAGACUUCAGCAAACCCACAUGGGGCACUGGGUAUGGCUUGGACAGUGCAGGCAGCAGAGAGGAGGUUGGCUCUGGGAAGGCUGAAUGGAGCAGUCCCUACAGUGUGGGACAUGGCCAGCAGCAGGACAAAGAGCUGAGCUCCAGGCAGCCUGGCUGGGCUGGCAAGUAUGGCUCCGGUGACCUGGAGACCCACAGUGGGGAUGCUGCACCUGUGUGGUCUAGUGAGUAUGGCACCGGUGAUGCAGACAUCAAGGACAGGGAGGUCACCCCGGACUGGGCCAGUAAAUACAGUAGCAGGGAUGCUGAGACCAAGGACAAGGAUUUUACUCUAGGCUGGGCUGGCAGAUCCAGCACUGGGGAUGCUGGGACCCUGGACAAGGAGUUUUGCUCCAGCAGGUCGGCCUGGGACAGCAAAUACAGCACCAGAGACAUGGAGAGCCAGGACAGGGAGUUCAGCCCCAGCAGACCAGCCUGGUCUGGUGAAUACAGCACCCAAGACAUGGAGAGCCAAGACAGAGAGUUCAGCCCCAGCAGACUGGCUGAGGCCAGCGAAUACAGCAGCAGGGACAUGGAGAUCCAGGACAGGGAGUUCAGCCCCAGCAGGCCAGCCUGUGCUGAAGAACACAGCACCAGUGAUAUGGAGAGCCAGGACAGGGAGUUCAGCACCAGCAGACCUACCUGGCACAGGGAGUACAGCAGCAGAGACAUGGAGAGCCAGGACAGGGAGUUCAGUCCCAGCAGACCAGCCUGCACCAAUGAAUACAGCACCAGUGACGCGGAGACCCAGGACAGGGAGUUCAAUCCCAGCAGACCCACCUGGCACAGUGAGUACAGCAGCAGGGACAUGGAGACCCAGGAUAGGGAGUUCAGCCCCAGCAGACCAGCGUGUGCCGAUGAAUACAUCACCAAGAACAUGGAGAGCCAGGACAGGGAGUUCAGUCCCAACAGACCAGCUGAAGCCAGUGAGUACAGCGCCAGAGAUGUGGAGACCCAAGACAGGGAGCUCAAAUCCAACAAACCAGCCUGGGAUGAUGAAUACAUCACCAAGAACAUGGAGAGCCGGGACAGGGAGUUUGGCCCCAGCAGGUCGGUCUGGGCCAGUGAUUAUGACUCUAUGAACACCGAAAAGGGAGAGUUUAGUUCUAGCAGGCUGAGCUGGGCUGGUGAAUGCAGCAUUGGCCAAACCCAACUGGCUAAUGCUUUUGGUGUCAGAAAAGAAGACUUGCCUGGCUUGUGUGCCCCCAGUCGCCCAGGCCAGGAGUCUAGCUGGGGCAGCACUGACCAGCAAGAGAGUGGCACCAGGGACUGGGCUGAAGAGCUGCACCUUGGAGGAGCUGAACACCAAAAUCAGUUUGGCAUCAUUGGGACAGAGCGAGUGUCAGAUCCCUCCAGCACUGCAGCGUCAGCAGACGGCCUGAUGUCCUGGGCAAACAAAAUGAGGUCUGAGGUCCCGCAGGAGCCCCGGCAGCCCCUGGGAGACUGGCACAGCGAUCUCUCCUUCAGCACCUCAGGUAUUACUGGUAAAGCUGAUGAGGGUGAACCAAGCCAAAUGGCCUGGGAUGAGGGCCUGGCAGCUGUGGGCAGCUCUGCCCAGCCCCAGCAGGCCAAGGUGGAGGAACCAGGCUGGAGCCAGGACCUGGAGGAGGCUGGCUGGAGCGAGGAGCUGCGUGAGGCUGAGGCCAGGCGUCAAGAGUGGGCCAGUGCCUUUGGGGCCCGCUGUGCUGCCAGGAGCCAGGACUUCAGCGCUGGGGAGCAGAGCCUGGGAGGUGAUGGCGGUUCCGCAGACGGAAACCCUGAAAACAUCCAUCUGUCAGAAUCCAGCCCACCACUGGGUGAUGAUGCUGUGGCCGAGCCUGCAGCUGCUGAGCCCAUCUGGGGCGAAUCCGCUACCCCGAGAACAGACCCUAUGGAGCAGCAGGACCUGCCUGAACUGGCUGCUGCCCCUCUGCCAGCAGAGGCUGCUGGUGAGACCCCAGAAACAGAGAGCGAAGAGGCCCCUUUGGACAGCCCAGAUGGGAAGACACCAGUGAGCUGGGAGGAAAAGAGGCUCUCUGUGAGUGCCUCACAGCCCGAGGGACUUCUGGACCUCUCUGGUCAAGAUUUCACCUUUCUCGAGGACACGGAAGUUCUGGACAGUACCAUGUACCGCAGCAAGGCCAACCUGGGCCGCAAACGGAGGCACCGGGCACCUGUUCUCCGCCCCGGGGCCACUUCAGAGGGGGACAGCUGGAUCUUCCAGGACUCCACAGAGCCCCGUCCAGCCCGCGCAGCAGCAUCCUCCGAUGAAGAGGCAGCAGAAGAACCCAAGAGCCGGCGGGUGCGAGCAUCUCCGUCGGGCAAGGGUGUCAAGGUGCCACUCUUCCCCGGCCUUACCACGUCUGCCCUCAAGGCCAAGCUGAGGGGCCGAAACCGCUCUGUCGAGGAAGGGGCAUCGCCAGUGGACAGCAAGGCAACCCCCACCAAGGAUCCCCAUGUGCAGCGCUCCAAGUCCUGCAAGAUCCCUGGCCUGAGUGGGAAACCUCUGGCGCUGCCCCCUAAGCCUGAGAAGUCUUCAGGGUCGGACGCCUCCCCACCCCACUGGCUGCAAGCGCUGAAGCUGAAAAAGAAGAAAUCGUGAGCUGAUCUCACGGGGCUCGCUCUCCUGCCAGCAUGUCCCUAGGAGGCUGAUGGCUGGCAUCCCCAGGAUCUGGCUCCCUCUUCCCUCUAGCAGGACACACACACACAUCUAUGCACUUUGUAUGAUGCUCGCAGGGUUCCCUCCCCACUCCCGUCCCUCCCCACUCCCGUUUCCCCGAAGUUUCUCUUCCUCUGCGUCCCCCCCCCCCUUCCUCAUGUCCCCUGGGGGCGGGAGGUGGUCUGCAAGGCCCCUCCCUUCCCUGACCUCCCCCUGCUCUCCUAUCACCCUCCAGACAAAGAGCAGCAGGUCAUUAUUUUGGUGCCACUUGACAGGACAAUAAAACUUUGUUGGUUGGUU